AUUCACCUAGUGCUCGGUACAAGAAACUGCUAAAAUUCAUAAUCUCAUUUUGAUUGUUGCGUUAAAACUGAAUAGCAUAGCUAUUAGAACAUCAGCAUUGUGUUAGAAUCUUGGUAACAUUGCUAAUAUUCACAAGGCAUGAUGGUGGAAGGUUCAGCGUUUACGAGGAACGAUGUGUUCCAAAUGGCAAUACGCGUUGCUUUUGUAUCAGCUGUGACUUAUUUCUCUAUAAAAUGGCUUGUAAACCAAAUUGAUCCAACGUCUAAGAGUCGAAAGAAGGCUGAGGAAAGAGCACGGGAACAGUUACGCAAGAUAUCUUCCAGAGCCGGCCUUGGAGGGAGGCACUCACUGGUGCUGGACAAACUCACUGAUCAUGAAAUGAUAAUUGCGUCACAGCUUGUUGUGCCGGAGGAAAUUAGUGUCAACUGGAAGGAUAUUGCUGGUCUAGAUCAUUUAAUCAAUGAGUUGAGAGAGACUGUCAUCCUGCCUAUACAGAAACGGGAACUCUUCGCUGACAGCCGGCUCACACAGCCGCCUAAGGGUGUCUUGCUGCAUGGACCACCUGGCUGCGGUAAAACACUGAUAGCAAAGGCAACUGCCAAGGAGGCUAACAUGAGCUUCAUCAAUUUGGAUGUGUCGCUGUUGACUGACAAGUGGUACGGUGAAACUCAGAAGCUUGCCGCUGCCGUCUUUAGCUUAGCUGUCAAGUUGCAGCCAUGCAUCGUAUUCAUUGAUGAGAUUGAGUCGUUCCUGCGCACGCGCACGCAACACGACCACGAGGCGACCGCCAUGAUGAAGACGCAGUUCAUGUCGCUUUGGGACGGACUCAUCACAGACCCCACCUGCACUGUCAUCAUCAUGGGAGCGACGAACCGUCCGCAGGACCUGGACCGCGCCAUCCAGCGCCGCAUGCCCGCCACGUUCCACGUGCCCAUGCCCGGCGCCGCGCAGCGCGAGCGCAUCCUGCAGCUCAUCCUGCGCGCCGAGCCCACCGCCUCCGACAUCGACUUCGCUCGGCUGGGCGCGGCCACGGACGGGUUCUCCGGCUCCGACCUCCACGAGCUGUGUCGCCAGGCGGCCGUGUACCGCGUGCGCGACCUCGCGAGGGACGAACUGGCGAGGGAGCAGCAGUGUAAACAGAACAAGUCCAGCGGCUCCGACUCCGACGACGAUUACGUGGACGCUGUACGACCCAUAACCAUGGAGGAUUUGCGACUCGCUCUCGGCAAACUCAAAGAAUCCAAGAUACAGUGCGGCACGCUCGCACCCAACAUGCGCAUCGAGCUGGACUAACCACUGCGUUGGCAGAUGUCCUGUCCAUAGACACUACCAUAGACUAUAGGAUCGACGAUGCCGAUGCCGAAGGUCAGCAUCGGAACAUUUUAGCGUUUUAGUCAAAAAAAAAUAGGGAUACGUUUUUGGUCCUGCCUCGUAUUUUUCAUGUCAUUAAGUUUUAAAUGAGUACUAAAGUUUAACUUAAAAAUUUUGUUAUGUACUCAUAUUAACAGAAUCAUUUAUAGUUCAGAAAUAAAUUUUGUAGUCAUUACAUUUUGUCCCCUAAAUUGAACAAAUUAAUACAUUUUUUUCUAUAUAUUUUUAACUUGUUUCGGUAAAUACAUACGAUUUACGUUAUUUUGUCUCGAUGUUAACAUUAAUUCGUCCAAAGUUAUUAUGGCUUCAACAGUGAUUAGACUUAACAUGUUUGAAGUACCUAAUUAAUGUAUAAGGUGACAUUAUUCGACAUUUCGAUUGAUUAUGUGAAACUUGUUCCAACAACUUGGGUCUUCUCUCUUAUAAAAACAGAAAUUUCAAUUACGAUUGAAAGUUUUACGAGAUUCCAUAAUUAAAUGAAUUUGGACUAAAAUAAUUUAAGUUUUGUAUAAUAUUUUGUCUUAAAAUCGUUAUUAAAUUUUUGAAUACUUGUCGUAUUCGCAAGGCCGAGUUAUAUGGGGGAAACAUUCACUUUUCAAAUGUUUUCAGAUAUUUGAGUCUGUGGUUUUUAGCUGUCCAAGUUUUUAAAAUUAUUUAGAAUAACUCAUUUUAGCUAAAUGAAUAGCUAUGUAAUAAAAUUUGGUAAUAUUUUGUAAGAAAGUCGCAGGCGACCACAGUGUAUUUCUUACCUAUUUUUUUAGAUUUUUAAUGCAGCAGACUCGGCUUAUAACUAACUUAAAGUAUUAUAUAAUCCAAAUAUUGGAUAUUAUACACAAACAUUGGUCUUUUCCUCAUUUAUGCCCCAAAGAUAUUACAAUAUGUAAACUAGAUAAACAGGUAGUUAUUUUUGUCCCAAACUGAUAUUAUUUCAUUCGUAUUUCAUUGUUUUCUUAUAAAAUAUCCUUGUAAGUAUUGUUAUCUUAUAUAUACUUAUAGGUUAUUAGUACUUUUCAACUAUUGUUUUAAAUUGGAUUACACUUAUUUAUUUAAUUAACAUAUUUUUAGUAAUCUGUGUUCUUUAAUCUAAUUGAUUGAAUAUGUUGUUCUUAUCUAGAAUUUACUUUUUUAUCUGUGGUCGAAAUUUAUUUUCUUUAUUAUAUUGAUGUAUGUAUUGUUUAUCUAUUAUUUAAUUAUUUUUCAUGUGUGGGAUACAUUUUGAUACAAAUUUAAAGUGCUUUCAAUUUUUAUUAAGAAAUAUAAAACUGGUACAAUUACAUCUAUGAGAUGCAGUGUUAUGUUUUAAUGAAUAUUUUAAAAGGUAUAAUGAAAUCAGAACAUUAUUUACGAAUGUUAAUAUUUUGUAGAUAAUCUAUUGGCGAAGAGUUCAUAGUUAAAUAUUAUUAUAUGUAUAUUUGAAAUUAUGUAUUAUGUCCGAAAUAUUAAAGAUAAUUGUUACAAAUGAAAAUUGUUUAGAGCAUUUAACAAAAAAAAAAUAAAGUUUUAUAAUAGACAAGUGUUUAUGACUUAGUACACAGAGCAGAAGUGAAAUCUCUUAGCAGCUAAAGUGUUACCCAUACGAGUAGAAGUUUCACUUAUGCGAGUGAACAGACAUAUGUUAUAUAAAUUAUACCACAGAUUAAACUGUUAACAUUGUAGAUUAAAUUUAAAAAAAAAAAAAACAUGCCACUGCUUUCGAAUUUGUCUUCAACCAUAUCUUUAAUUAACAAACUUUCGUUACUGCGCUAUUAUUCAAAAGUGUUUUAUUAAAUGUAGACCAGGUCCUUUGUUAAAACCUCUGUGACUACAUACCUAGUUUAGGUAUUUAGUUAUAUGAGUGUUUAUAUAUAUGUUAGGCAUGUUAAUAUUUAGGUACAGGCUGUGUUAUUCUUUACAAAUGUUUUACAUGAGUUACGUUUUUAGGUUAUAAUUAUGUCAUACUGACGUUGAAAAAGGCGGGAGUUUUUUUUUGUUAUCUAUGUGUGUGGUAUUUCUUUUUCGGUAUUUCAGUCGUCAAAUUUUUACUUUUUAUAAACUUAAUUUCUAAAUUUAACAUCGGAAUAAUUUAAUUUGAUAACUUAUAUAUAUAUAUUAACAAUAACAUAAAUCGUGCAAUAUUUUUUUUAUAUUGUAAAGUCACUCUAUAUAUUACAUAUAUUUCUGUCUGAUUCUUCACUGAAAUUACUAAUAAUAUAAUAUUUUUGCCACUAUAAAACAUGGCUUUAUCUUUAAAUAUUUAGAUAAUAAACACUGUGUCUACUUCUUUUGAAUGUUAAAUCAAUAUUGACACCCAUUAAACAAUAUCUAUAAGUAAGGCAAUUAAUCAUUACAGUGACAGGAUACUAAACAUAAAAUUACAAAGUAAAGUAUAUUUAUCAUAUCAAUUAUUUAUAUUUCUUAUUUUAUUACGGAAUAAUUUGUUUUUUUUAUUAUUAUUAUGCAACAUAGCACUAUUCAUGUCAGUGUGACGUUUAAUUCGAAUUAAAAGAAAAUUAUUCCUAAACAAGCAUUUUUAUCGUUACUUAAAGCGAAAUCCUGUACGUAUAUAAGUGUGGGUUGUGAGUAAGUAAAACGCUUGUGUCACUUGUAAUUUAAUGCUUCCAAAUUUUGGUUGUGCGCACGAUUGAUGCAAUAAAUAAGUUUGUUUUUUUUUUAUAAUACCGAAUGUAGAUUAAAAAUAUUUUUUAAGCUUUUUGCAUGUUUGAAGGAGACACAAUUACAAUUGUGGGUAUAUGUUGAAAGUAUGUGAGGUUUUAAAUAUACGAUAACAUUAUUUAUGCUUCUGAUGUGUAUACUUUGAAAUUAAUUUAUAUAUGUUUGGCGUUAUGGAAUUCGUUUUACAAACUCGAUUAAUGUAUGUUUGAAUUGAAAUUCUGUUUCAAUUUAAAAAUCAACAGUUCAAUCGAUUGCGUUACCGUAUUUGAUAUUCCCGUUAACGUAAUAAGUAUAUAUUUAACGAAGCGUGUAUAGUUUUAUAAUUUAUGAUUUUAAAACUACAUCAAAAUCUGAUCAGUAAAAUUUAAUACUUUUUCGAUGUUAAGUUUAUUUGGAUUAAAAGAGAUCAAAUAAUUAAUUAAACAUUUGUGUAAAUUAUUGUCAAAUAAAGUAAAUAUCAUUCGAUAUUAGAAAAAUAUUUUAAUUUUUGUAUUUAGUGAUAUAAGUUAUUAUCCUGAGUAGAAAAUGGCUUCAAUAAAUGAUACCACAGAACAUAGAUUUAUAAAAACGAAUACAUUUUGUGUUUUCAGUAUUUUGCCUUAAAAAAUUAAAAAAAAAGCCUUAAGUUAAAUUUUAAUGUUAUCUGUACGCUUUGACUAUAAUCACCUGAAUAUUAAAAAACAAAACACUUUCAGAAUUGUAUAAUUUUUUUAAAAGUGUUGUCAUGUCUAUUAUGAUAGCUCUCCUGCGGGGAACGCUGUGUUAAAAGUACAGUCGGUAGCAUUAAUGUCGCUCAAAUUUAAAGCUUUGUUCAAAUUUCGUACGUACCUAUUUUGAUGUGUUAUUAAAGUGAGCGUUUGUUAUUGUGUCGGACUGUAUUUAAAUUCUCAUUGUAGAUAGUAAAUAUUAGAUAAAAGCAAAUGUAAAUAGAGGGAAUAAAUUAUUUAAAAAGUU